AUGGCCGACAUCACCGCCGUCGGUGAGGAGAACCCGUCUCCCACCCAGGACGACCUGCAGCAGGCCGGUAACGGAGCCCCAGACAACCGCGGUACCAAGCGCUCUCGCAUGAGUGCUGACGACGAUGACGAUGACGAGGAUAAGCCCGGUCGCGAGCGCAGAAAGAUUGAGAUCAAGUUCAUCCAGGAUAAGUCGCGUCGCCACAUUACCUUCUCCAAGCGGAAGGCGGGUAUCAUGAAGAAGGCAUACGAACUCUCCGUCCUCACAGGCACUCAAGUGCUUCUCCUGGUUGUGUCAGAAACCGGUCUGGUCUAUACUUUCACAACCCCCAAGCUGCAGCCACUGGUGACGAAACCCGAAGGAAAGAACCUCAUCCAGGCCUGCCUCAACGCGCCGGAUCCAACAACCAACGAGAAUGGAGUUGAUGCCCCUGAGGUUCCCGCCGAGACACCGGAGGAUGUGAACCACGCCAAUGUCAAUGCUCAACAGUCGAAUAUCCCUCGUCCCGCUGGAAUGCACCCCGGUUACAUGACAAAUGAGCAGCAACAACAGAUGGCAUACUAUCAAAAUCUUCAGCAACAGCAGCAAGCUGGUGGGCAGUAUGCUGGAAUGCCUGUUGGUAACCGUAUGCCGACUCAGCACCAGCCCACUGCCUAA